GUGGACGGUAACGGAGUGGGACAGUCUCAGGCCAGUUCUGGUUCUGCUCCUUCGGAACCGCACCCGGUUUUGGAGAAGUUGAGAUCCAUCAACAACUACAACCCCAAGGAUUUUGACUGGAACCCAAAACACAGCCGGGUUUUCAUCAUUAAGAGUUACUCUGAGGACGAUAUCCACCGUUCCAUUAAAUAUAACAUCUGGUGCAGUACAGAGCACGGCAACAAGAGACUGGAUGCCGCCUAUCGCUCCAUGAACGGGAAGGGUCCCGUUUACUUACUGUUCAGUGUCAACGGUAGCGGUCACUUCUGCGGAGUAGCAGAAAUGAAAUCUGCUGUGGACUACAACACGUGUGCGGGGGUGUGGUCCCAGGACAAGUGGAAGGGACGCUUUGAUGUCAGGUGGAUUUUUGUGAAGGACGUUCCCAACAGCCAGCUGCGACACAUCCGCCUAGAGAACAACGAGAAUAAACCAGUGACCAACUCCAGGGACACUCAGGAGGUGCCUCUGGAAAAGGCUAAGCAGGUGUUGAAAAUCAUUGCCACCUACAAGCACACCACCUCCAUCUUUGAUGACUUCUCACACUAUGAGAAACGCCAAGAGGAGGAGGAAAAUGUUAAAAAGGAACGCCAAGGCCGCGUCAAGUAAAAGGCUAUUCCCCCCCGGAGACUGCAGCAG